CAGAAGAAGACAACAUGACUAGUAGCGCAUGCUUAAAUCCGUGCCUCCCAUCCGAACCGCGGCGCAUUACGGGAUUCCUCUGGAUCUGGGCGGAUGCUCGUCUUUGUUUACACUUACGUUGAGAGUUCAUAUAUAUAUAGCAUCAAAACAAAAGCUAAAACAAAUACUGUGGUGCAACUGCGAUGAUACUGGAAACGGCUCCCUACCCUGCGAGACUCGAGAAUCACUACCGCCCUCAGAAUACCGUCUCGUCGGCAACCGCACCAUGCAGCAAGGCGGGAAGCAAGAGCCCGUUAGCUCGGGGACGAGCACAGACACAAACACAGAAAAAGAUGUCGAAGGUGGCAACACGACAGCAACGACUGCGACGAUCCCUACUGAUGAGUCUUCGGAAGUCCUAGAUCCACACAUUGUGGGCUGGAACGGCCCCGAUGAUGCAGAGAAUCCCAAGAACUGGUCCAGCGCGAAACGGUGGUCGCACAUCAUUCUGGUGGCCAUGCUGGGUCUUGUCACCAACUUUGCGCCGACCAUCUUUGCGCCUGGUAUCAGCCAGCUCAACGAGGAGUUCCAAAUCACCUCGAGCACCAUCAGCACCCUGGCCAUCACGCUCUACGUGCUAGGAAUCUCCAUCGGGCCCAUGUUCACGUCGCCCCUCAGCGAGGUGUACGGUCGCCUCGUCGUGUAUCACGGAAGCAUGAUUUUGUUUGUCGUGUUUGUGAUUGCCAAUGCCGUGAGCCAAAACACCGCAGAGUUUCUCGUGUUUCGAUUUCUCUCCGGCUGCGCGGGUGGCACGCCGCUUGCACUGGGCGGAGGAACCAUUGCUGACGUCUCGAAAUUGGCACAGCGAGCGCUGGCUAUGGCUCUAUUCAGCCUGGGUCCCAUGUUUGGACCGGUUCUUGGACCGGUGAUUGGAGGCUUCGUCGCCUCCGCAAAAGGCUGGCGCUGGACCUUCUGGGUCCUGGCCAUGGUCGGCGGCGGCAUGCAGCUCAUCAGCUUCGCCAUCAUGCGCGAGACGCACCCAAAGGUGAUUCUCGACAACAAGGCGGCAAGGCUCCGCAAGUCGAGCGGAAAUCCAAACUUCCGAUCCAAGCUCGCGCGCACAACCACGCCGGCGCAGGUCCUGCUCCAAGUUCUCGUUCGCCCAACCACGCUCCUGUUCCGCUCGCCCAUUCUGCUGCUCAUGUCGCUGUACAUGGGCUUCAUCUUCGGCGUCAUGUACCUCUUAUUCAGCACCUUUGACGCCGUGUUUCAGGUGCAGUACGGCUUCAGCGUCGCCGUUUCGGGCCUCGUGUAUCUUGGCCUGGGUCUGUCGGCUGCCACUGGCAUCGUCUUUUUCACCAUCUUCAACCCGCGUAUCCAGGCCGCCCUCAUGAAGCGAGACGGCGUCACAACGGUUAAACCGGAGCAUCGCUUGGUUCUAAUGAUUUGGUUUAGCCCAGGCGUGCCCGCUGGCCUGUUCAUCUACGGCUGGGCGACAUACUACAAGGUCCACUGGUUCGUUCCCAUUCUUGGGACCGUGCUUAUCGGUUACGGCGCAUUCUUCGUUCUGAUGCUCACUCAACUCUACCUCGUCGAGCUAUUCGGGACAAAAGCGGCAGCCUCUGCUCUCGGUGCCAACAUCUUGGUGCGCUACCUGGGAGGCACGUUUCUGCCACUGGCCGGGCCAAGCAUGUACGCGACGCUAGGCUUGGGCUGGGGAAACAGCUUGCUAGGAUUUGUAUCGCUCGCAUUCAUCCCUGCGUCUAUAUUCUUGUACAAGUACGGGGAGCAGCUUAGAAACAAGUCUACCGUGAAGGUUUGAUAUCUGAAUGUAGCUGUGGUAGGUUCUGGCUUACACUGGGGUGGCCGUGGACGGUUAUUAGAUCGUAUUCAGGCCAGGAGAUGACCGGACGCAAGUAAUUAGUUUCUAUUCUACCUGGGAAUUCAGACUCCUUUGCUUUUAUUUUAUCGCAGAAAUAUUUGCUCUGCCCUCAGCGAAAGUGACGUGGGCGAUAUGCGGCUUGCAGGGCUGAAAUGGACUGAUGCACGGAGGGAGUGAUGCAGGCCAAGCCU